UGUUCAGGACAAAUAAAGUUUGUUUUGUAUCGUGUUACGUAGCGCAUGCCCAUUGCGCACGCGUGGCUGUGAUUCACACGUGAAGCAGGCAGCAUGGCUGAUAAAAUAGAAGUUGUGUUAGACCGGAGUCAGGUGAAAAAGGCCGUUCAGGCUCUCCAGGCUUUCUUGAAAACCAAGUCCACCCGUGACUCUCUGUUCCUGGACGAGACUCAGCCGAUUAGCCUGCUCUUCACCCUCUGGAAGAUCCCCAAAAAGGCACAGACCAUCCGCAUUCCAUUGCCCCAUGGCCAGCGGCCUGACACAGACGAGGUCUGCCUCUUCACCAAAGAUGAGCCCAACAUGACCUCAGAGCAGACCCAGAGGUUUUAUAAGAAACUACUGGAGGAAAAUGGUGUCAAAAACAUUUCUGAGAUCAUCCCCUACAAGGUCCUGAAGACAGAGUACAAACCGUAUGAAGCCAAGCGCAGACUGCUAGGGAACUUUGACAUGUUUCUCUCAGAUGACCGCAUCCGCCGCCUGCUGCCAUCCCAUCUCGGAAAACAUUUCUACCAAAGGAAGAAGGAGCCACUGUGUGUGAACCUGCAGAGCAAACAUCUGGCCAGAGACAUCAAGAGUGUCAUCCAGGGCACCAGCCUGAAGGUUACCAACAAGGGCUGCUGCUGUAUGGCUCAUGUUGCCCACUCCAGCAUGACUGCAGAUGAGGUGACAGAAAACAUUGAGGCUGCUGUCCAAACACUGGUGGCCAAAUUACGUAUGAAAGGACCAGUGUUGAAGCUCAUCCAUUUAAAAAGUCAAACGUCAGUGGCCCUGCCCAUCUACAACUCAGACCUCAGCCACCUCAGUGUGAUGGCGCAGGCAGAUAAGAAUGCUCAGACUCCCAAGGAAAAGGAAGGAGCAGCCAAAAAGAAGAAAAAGACAAAGGACACAAAACAAACAGAUACCACUGCAGACGGGAAGGGAGAGGAGAAGGUGAUUAAAAAGAAGGCAGAGGAGGAGGAAGAAGAAGAGGAGGACGAAAUCCCACAGCUGGUUCCCAUAGAAACACAAAGCAAAAAGCCUAAACUGGAGAAGCCAUUGAAAAAGAAGCAGCUGAAGAAAGCACCCAAACCUGCUGCAGCAAAGAAAGGAACAAAAGCACAGAGGGGCAAGAUGGAGUCCAGAGUAAAAAGAAAAGUGCCUAAAGUGAAAUGAGUCUCAGUAGAGCAUCUUUUGUACAUUACCCUCUAAACAUGGACAUUUGAAACAGUAAUCAGGACCAGGUUGUUAAGAGAGUGGUCAAUAUAUUUAGUCUGUUUGUCU